UUCCUGUUUAAUCCUAUAUAAACACAUCUCCACUUUGGUGUACACACACAGAGCAGAUCAACACCAAGAAUACAUUGAGAAAUUUGUGAUGGCGAGUACUACAGCAAUUCUUGGCCUUGCCCUGGCAGUUCUCUUUUUCUCUAAUAGUCAUGCAGCUACAUUUAUCUUUACAAACAACUGCCCUUACACUGUUUGGCCAGGGGCCCUAACUGGCAGUGGAAGCCCCUUGUCUUCAACUGGCUUUGAGUUAGGCCCCAAAACAACAAUAAACCUCACAGUCCAACCUCCAUGGAGUGGUCGGUUCUGGGCCCGCUCCGGUUGCACCACUGACCCUUUACGAAAGUUCACUUGUGCCACAGCAGACUGCGGGUCUGGCCAAGUUCAGUGUAAUGGCGGGGGUGUAAUCCCACCAGCAUCCCUUGUGGAAUUCACUCUAGCUCCAGAUGGUGGAAAAGAUUUCUAUGAUAUUAGCCUCGUCGAUGGGUUCAACUUGCCCCUUUCGAUCACCCCACAAGGCGGUAGUGGGUGCCAGAGUUCAAGUUGUGCCGCUAAUGUUAAUGCUGUUUGCCCUCCAGAAUUGGCUGUGAAAGGCGCAGAUGGCGGCGUAAUUGCUUGCAAAAGUGCUUGUUUAGCACUUAAUCAACCACAGUAUUGUUGCACCGGCGAAUACGGCACGCCUGAUAAAUGUCCACCAACGAAUUAUUCAGAGAUUUUUAAGAGCCAAUGUCCUCAAGCUUACAGCUACGCUUAUGAUGACAAGACUAGCAUAUUUACAUGUGGUGAUGGAGCCAAUUACCUUAUCACAUUUUGUCCAUGAUGUGUUUUGAUUUCCAUAGUUCUUUUUUAAUUGAUCGUUUUAACAGUGUAUACAAUAUAGUUUUAAUAAAUUAGUGAUCUCAUUUAUAAGAA